CGCUGGGCAGAAUAGGUCACAAAUGUCAUUCAAAACUCAUUCAGCUGUUUCUAGCACUCAAGUGCCAGCAGUGUGCUAGCUGUGAGGGCUGUAUGGGACCACGCGCACUAAUUAAAUCCAUUCAUCCAAGAUGGCACUGAUGGGAGUUCAGCUGGUGGUCAGCUUGCUGGCAGUCAGCAUAAUGCAGAAAAUGGCCCCGCAUUGCUCUUUUGCACGCUGGCUCCUCUGCAAUGGCAGUCUCUUGAGGUUCAAGCAUCCUUCAGAGGGAGAACUUUGUGCGCUAGCAGGCAAGCAGAUCCCCAACAAGGCUGGCAGGAGAGACAGGAGGCAGAAUGGCCAUGGGGAGCCUAAGCCGCUUACAGUUCCAAAGGACAUCGAUUUACAUCUGGAGAGCACUCCUGUGAAUGUUAUAGAUGCUCUGGUUUUGCGGUUCUUUGUGGAGUACCAGUGGUUGAUCGACUUUGCCAUCUAUGCAUUGGGCAUUUACCUUUUCACGGAGAGCUACUACUUUGUGGUGGAUGCUAGUAAAGAGGUCAACAUUGGGGCCAUCUGGUGUGUCCUGAUGGUGUUCUUCUGCCUGAGGACUCUACAUGUGCUGAUGAGCCACUACUUCCGUUCAGUUGAGGGCGGAGAGCGCUCUGUGUGCUUGGCGUUUGGUUUUCUUUCUCUGCUUGUGGCCAUGUUAGUUCUAGUGGUGAGGGAGGACUAUCUGGAGUUCGGCCUUGAGUCUGGUUUCACUAGUGUUUUUGACAACUUUGAAGCCUUUGCCAAACAACAAGGAUUUGAGUGGUCCAUUCCUUUCACCAAACUGGGAGUAAAGUUGGGUUUGGCUUUCAUUUGUGCCUUCUUUGGAGCACUGCUUGCUUUCCCUGGACUUCGCUUGGCUCAAACUCACUUAGAUGCUGUACAGAUGAAUUCUAAUAGACCAAUUAUACAAAUCCUCCUUCACAUCAGUUUUUUGUCCCCGUUGGUUAUACUUGUGUUGUGGAUCAAGCCUCUUGCUCGAGACUUCUUAGGAAACGCUCCUAUGGGAAAGACCUCAGUCACAUUGCUUUCCAGCUCAGCCUUCGACUCAGUGCGUCUGUGGAUAAUCAUGGGGUUGUGUGUGCUGAGGCUGCUGCUCACCCGCCACCACUUGCAGGCUUACCUGAAUCUCGCCCCCAAAUGGGUGGAGCAGAUGAAAAAGGAAGCGGGUCGUAUUGCUGCUGUUGACAUCCAAAGAAAGGUGACCCGUGUGUACUGCUACCUGACUGUAGUAACACUACAGUAUCUCAUCCCUGUUCUGCUUGUGCUGUUCUCAACCCUGGCCCUCAAGGCUCUAGGUGACUUCUCAUGGGGGCUGGGGGCUGAGACUCCUGGUGUGACACUGGCACCAGUUCUUCCCACCACUCCUCCCCCUCUACCCAGGUCAGAAGAUGAGGACGAUAUAGAUGACAUGGAGGAGGACAUCCAAGUCACUGUGGCUCACCUAGCUGAGGUGUUUUCUGCACUACGUUCCGUCCUCACCCCUGUCUUCUUCAGAGGUAUCUUUGCCUUUCUUACCUGGUGGGUGGCGGCCUGCCAGCUCAUCAGCAGCCUGUUCGGCAUCUACUUUCACCAGUAUCUGAUGCUCAGCUGAAUUAUGGCCCCUAUGUGCAGGCUGUAUACGCUGCAACAAGCUAAACCAGCUCCUGAGGAGAACACUAGAAAUACCAACACACACCAAGCAUGUUUAUGCCUCUGAGGGUUUGAUCAGGACUGAAGAGUGUAACAUGUUAGUUUCAAGACAAAGAAAAUGCUGAAUGAAUGAAUUUGUUUGCUACACUUAAAUCAAACGGACAACACGAAGAAGGAAAGUUGUAUGGGUUAUUUUAUUGACUACUCUGUUGUUGAAAUUGAAUCUCUUAAUUAUUUUAAAGAACUUGAACUGUUACUCAGCAGAUAAGGUUUGUAAUGUAAUACUAAGUGCCUGAUAUCUCAGGGAUUUGAAGUCACAGAUAUUUCCUCUAUCAGCACUGAGCCAAUCAUAAACCACACAGAGGCACAAAGUAUCAGGUUGCAGUUUGGAUCAAACUCCUCUGUUUCCCUUAAUUUCAGUGCUGAUGUAUUAACAGUUUUGGUACCUGAACAUUAUUUUAUCCUGUUUUGCAGAUUAGGUCUUGGAUCAUGCUAAAAACAAUCCAAUCAUGGUUUAGUUCAACUUUUUUCCCCUGAAUAGUUCUAAUUUAUUUAUCUUAAUCCCAUUGAAUGACCACAUGCUAAUUUAGUAUUGUGUGAUUUGUUUGAGCUGUUUUUUAAAUGAAAUUCAUGGUGUGACAGAACUGUUUGACUGAGAGUGUGUGUUUUAUUAAAAUUCAGAAUGCCUCAAAA